AGCAGCCAAUAUAUAUAACCGUUGAAGGCGCAUUUUAAAUGUUACCGUUAGCACGAAACCAGAAAACUAGCCGUUGCCUUAGUCUCCCUUCCCCCGAGUUCAUUUUUUCUUGGAACCAUUUACGAGUCUACUUCUUCUAAACUCUGUCAAAUAUCCUCCUAGUUCCAUCAAAUUACCAUCUUCGAUUGCACCAGAAAAGAACCAAAUUUGUUUUUCUUCUUUUUUAUCCCAACAAAACCAACCCAGAUUCUUUUUCUUUCUUUCUUUCUUUUAUUUUGCGUGUAGAUUUACUAGACUCGAACUGUAAUGGCAUCCAGAACGGUUGCGAAAGACAUCAUCACUCUCCGCGGUUCUGCAGCAAUUGUCAGUGAGUUCUUUGGUUAUGCAGCGAACAGUAUACUGUACAAUCGUGGGGUUUAUCCAGAAGAAAGUUUUGUGAAGGUGAAGAAAUAUGGACUCCCAAUGUUGCUCACUCAAGAUGAAGGUGUUAAAUCCUUUAUUGCCAACCUAACUGCUCAGUUAUCAGAAUGGCUGGAAGCUGGGAAGUUACAGAGGGUUGUUCUUGUGAUAAUGAGCAAGGCCACCAAUGAGGUCCUAGAGAGGUGGAAUUUUAGCAUUGAGACUGAUAAUGAGGUGGUAGAGAAGGGGGUUUCAAGGGAAAAGAGUGAUAAAGAAAUAAUGAGAGAGAUACAGGCAAUCAUGCGUCAGAUUGCUUCGAGUAUUACUUACUUGCCAUGCCUGGAUGAAGCUUGUGUAUUUGAUGUGUUAGCAUACACAGAUAAAGAUGUUGCAGUACCUUUCACUUGGAUUGAGAGCGAUCCAAAAUUGAUUUCCAAUCCACAAAUGGUGAAAUUGCAUUCUUUUGAUACCAAGAUACACAAGGUUGACACUCUGGUUUCAUACAAGAACGAUGAAUGGGAUGAGCAGUAGAGAAAGCUUACCUUAUCUUUGGCCUUACCUUAUCUUUGGCCCCUUCAUGUCCUGUGAAUCUUUUAUUCGCAUGAUGUAUUACAGAUACGAAAGAGGAAUGAAGUUGUUUUAUGUUUAAAUUCUAUUCUGAAGUUGUUUUAUGUUUCCUCAUGUUUUGCUAAAAUGGGAAUGAAGAAAUACAGACUUUUUUUUUUUGUGGGUA